GCAACCCUCGGAGAUCCUCGUUCGACAUGCAUCUUUAUAUUGAUUCUAAAAUUCAUGGUUACAUAUUGGAGAUUUACAGGUUUCUAUGGGGAGCGCGUCCGAUGCUAGAUAAAAGCAUAUCUAUCCUAAGCUACCCUCUGUGGACAGAGAGAUGAACAAAAAUACCAAUAUAAUGUGGACAGAGAGAUGAAAAGAAAAUCAGUUAAUUUGACAAAUAUGAACCAUACUGUCUGAAAUUUGACACUAGGGUCAUCAUUAAUUAAGCCUAAAUUAAAUAUAAUUUUUUUUGGGCAUUGCCCGAUAGUUCACUCAUCAAUUAGGAAAUUGAAUUUUUCAUGUUUUUUGGUUACAUUUGAGAGGGUGAUGAAACCACUAAUCUAUCAUAGUUUUAACUGAAGACUAGGAAAUUGAAGCAGUAAUAUUGAUAAUCCUAUAUUUGAAAGUCUCUACCUCAAUCUGUUCAUUUUACUGAAUAAUUGUUCAGAGUAAUUCACAUCUAUAGAGAGCAAAAACAUCGUUGCAGAUUCAUCAACUGAAUUGACUCAUUCGCUAUCGGGAUGAGCCUCAUGCCUUUGUUUGAAGCUUUUAGCUGAUGAUUCCACCAGUAACUCCAACUUUUGCAUUUGUAAUGUUUUCGUUAAGUGUUAGUCUUUUUUUUUUUUCCCUUUGGCGCCAAAAUCCACAUCAAUUCCCGCCAAAAAAAACUCAAAAGCCCAUCAGGCCCACACUACAAAACCCAGUAUUCCAAGAGAAGAUCAUAGAGCCAGAAACACACAGCAAAAGAAAGAAGAAAGAAGAAACCAGACAUGGGCAAAGAGAAGCAGUAUUGGCUUCUGAAAACAGAGCCAGGAGAGUGGUCGUGGGAGGACCAAGCAGCCAAUGAGGGCAUCACCAAGUGGGAUGGAGUCAAGAACAAGCAGGCCCAGAAGUACCUCAAGUCCAUGAGCCUCGAUGACCUCUGCUUCUUCUACCACUCCGGCGCCAAGGCCCGCCGCAUAGUCGGCGUCGUGACGGUCGUGCGUGAAUGGUAUUCGGAAGGCGAAGGUGGAGAUGGCGCGGUUGAUGUGAAGGCAGUUGGGGAGAUGAGGAGGCCGGUUGACUUGAAGGAGAUGAAGGGGGAGGAGGGUCUCAAGGGUUUUGCUCUGUUUCGGCAGCCGAGGCUGUCGGUUGUGCCGGUUUCGGAGGAUGUGUGGUUGAAAGUUUGUGAUUUGGGAGGUGGGUUUGAAGGUGAUGGUGUUGUUGUGGAAGAUGAUGAAUCUGGUGAUGAAGGAGAUGAUGAUUGAUUAGGAGGG